GACUCACCAAAACAAAGCGUGGCGCUGGAACAGUUUUGCAACAUUGUAAAACAAAACGAAUAGCUAGCUACAUAAAAUGAUAAAAUGCCGAUUUGCUGGCUCACCAGUGAUGAGGGUAGUCAUAAACCCAUUCGACUGCCACACCAACAGACAGUUGUCCUGGGUCGAGGUCCAGAGACGACUAUUAAAGACCAAAAAUGCUCUCGGCAGCAAGUUGAAUUGAAAGCAGAGUGCAACAAAGGUUAUGUCAAAGUUAAACAGCUGGGCUUGAACCCCACCUCCAUAGAUUCUGUGGUGGUGGGUAAGGACAAUGAGGUAAAAAUGAAAGCUGGACAGCUGCUUCAUAUUGUCAACCAGCUCUACCCAUACACUGUACAGUUCAAGGAGGAUCCCACCGGGGACCACGGCGGCACUAAAAGACCACGAGAGCCGUCUUCAGCAGACAGAGAGCGCCGCAGAGAGGAGCAGAGUGUGAAAGCAGCCAAACGGACAGAAAAGGUCUCUGUGUCAGUCAGCCUUGGAGAAGCCACAAAAAGCAGUGAAAGUUUUGGACAUUGGAGCCAAGGUCUGAAGACAUCAAUGCAAGACCCAAAGAUGCAGGUAUACAAGGAUGACAAGGUAGUGGUUAUCAAAGAUAAAUACCCCAAAGCUCGCUACCACUGGCUGGUCCUCCCGUGGCAGACCAUUUCCAGCCUGACGGCCUUCACUGAGGAGCACUGCGAUCUGGUGAAACACAUGCAGCAAGUUGCUGACCAGAUGGUUCGGCAGUGCCCAGAUGCUGGCUCGCUACGUUUCCGUACUGGGUACCAUGCCAUCCCUAGUAUGAGUCAUAUACACCUCCAUGUGAUCAGCCAAGACUUUGACUCUCCUUGUUUAAAGAACAAAAAGCAUUGGAACUCAUUUACAACUGACUAUUUCAUGGAGUCUCAUGAUGUCAUUCAGAUGCUUGAAACGAAUGGAAGAGUCAAUGUGAAAGAAGGAACCAGCGAGUUGUUGAAACUACCUCUCCGCUGUCACAUGUGCCGCAAAGAUAUUCCCACUAUACCAGCUCUGAAGGAGCACCUAAAGUCUCACUUUCCCAGCUAAGAAGGUGACCUCAAAGGAAAUACAUGCCUCUGAUGACUGAAGUGGGUUGGGCUCUAUUUUUGCCUGUAAAUUCUGAUUCUUGGUUUAUAUAUAAAAAGCCAUAAUGUGACAGGAACACAUUGUCGUGGCUGCAGUUGCAUUUUCAACUCGUUAUUUUUUUUCACUAGGUUUCAAUAGGUUUAAGAGGGUCAUGCAUGUCAUUUAUGUUAGAUUUCAUCCGUUUUUUGCAAAAAUGUCCUCCUGUGAAAUCUCAUGUUUUUGGAAAUAAUAUUCCCACAUUUCACACAUCUUAAAAUUAUGUAUUAAAUGUUUUCUAAAAUUGGAA